UCUGACUCAUUCGGCUGCCCACGGGACACGCCCGCACGGGGUUCUGCUGCUUGGCCACCGGACAGAGGCGCAGGUAGGGAUGCGUCGGUGUCGGCGGACACGGGCACGACGACGAGAGCGAGAAGAGCGCCGUGCACAUUGCACACGCUUCUGGUUGACGUUGAAUGAGUGUCUCGCGUAUAUAUAUAUGUGUGUGUUUGAGAGAAACCCAGAACGGAGGCCAGUGUGUUGUCGUGAUGCAAUGCCGUAUCGAGAAUAUCAAUGUCGUCCUGUGAGCCUGUCUCGAGAAACAAAUGCUGAGAGAUGCUGUAUCCCUAUCGUGGACAGUGUUCUUCCUCUCAAUCCUAUAUCCUCCUCGUUCCCCCUUCCGCAGGGCAAUCACAAAACACCCGGCAUAGCCUUGUUCUGCUUCUUUCUUCACUACCAGCACAUUAUCAGCGCCAGUGGGCUGCGCAAUCGCCGUGCGUGCGACAAGCAACACGUUUGGCUCGACGUUUUCGUUUGUCCAGCAGCAGCGACGCAAGCUGUCUAGCUAUCCUUUGACCUUGAUUGAGUCGAGACAAUUGAUUCUCUGUUCCUGUGCAUCUCCUUACGCAGGCAAGUUGUCCUU